UCAAUGAAAAAAAAAGCCCUUGGAUAAGGAAACCUUUGGAGGAGGGAGGGGGAGCCAUUUGAAUGAAUGAUAUGGGUAUCCAUGGCUUAGCUUCUUCCCUUUAGAAACCUAACUGGGGUGUCUGUGCAAGAGACUCCCAAGUCCUGGGCUAUUAGGCCUUUUCCCUGCUUCCCAGGUCUUCUCACCUGAUACUUCUCAGCCACUUCCAGACGCAAUGGCUACUCACGACCUGUCAUGGGCCAACUGGAUGUGUCCCUUGCCACUGGUACCAGCUCAAUCUUCCUUGCCGGCCUGCCCACGAGGCUCAGACCUGUAUCCUUAUGCCCUGAAGAAGACAAUCCUGGGCAUGACCCCGCAGGAUCUCAGAGAGGAUGCCUCAAACAUGAAGCACCAGCCACCAGGCCUGCACGAAGACUCUGUGGACAGUGAGAAACUCACAACCAAGGACUCGGUGAACAGAGAAGAGAUGGGAAACCAGCCAGAAAGAGACUUCUGCCUGCCCCUCCCCCCUCACACCAGCUCCCCCCCAGAUGUCAGGCUGGACAGGAAGAGUCCUAGUCCCUUGACCUUCUGGCCUUGGCUCCCUCCCACUGUCGUCUCCAAGGAACUCCCUCUCCACAUCUACCCAGUCUUCCCUGGGUACCCACUUCUCCUGCCUCCCCCUUACCUACUCACUUAUGGGGCCCUACCCUCUGUCCAGUGUCCGCAACUCCUCAUGCUGUCCCCAGACACCUCAUACCCCACCAUGGCCACAUCCAGCUUGCUUAUGACAGCCAAUGGUGCUGGGCCCCAUAUCACCCAGGAGAAGCCCCCGCUUCUCAACUCAGGGGCUUCCCAGAGUGCUGGACACACCCUGCACUCCCAGGUCCGGAGUCAGAGCUUUAGAGAGGCCUCCACCUUCUCCCCAGGACAGGCUGGUGUGGCAGCUCCUGCAAAGCGGCCAGGCUCCCAGGCUGGCGUCCCAGCCCUGCCUUACCCUCUGAAGAAAGAGAAUGGUAAAAUCCUCUAUGAGUGCAACGUGUGUGGCAAGAACUUUGGGCAGCUCUCCAACCUGAAGGUCCACCUGCGUGUACACAGUGGGGAGCGUCCAUUUCAGUGUGCCCUGUGUCAGAAGAGCUUCACCCAGCUGGCCCACCUGCAGAAGCAUCACCUGGUACACACCGGGGAGCGGCCCCACCAGUGCCGGAUCUGCCGCAGACGCUUCAGCAGCUCCAGCAACCUCAAGAGCCACCUCCGCCAGCACUCGGGGGCCCAGCCGUUGCUGUGGAACAUCUGUUCCGGUCGCUUCACCCCGCAUGUCCAUCUGAAGCUGCACCAUGGGCAGCAAGCUCCUGGGCCCCUGGACCACACCCACCUGCCCCUCGCCUCUCUCACCUGCCUUGCCCAGUGGCACCAAGGAGCACUAGAUCUUGUGGAAGCAUCGUCAGAGAAGAUGGGCUGGGAUGUGGACAAGGUCAAGGAGUCCCCGGUGUCCCGGGGAAGGCAAGGGCAGCCGGCCUGAGCAGUGGUGCAA